GGCAUCCACACAGGUGACAGGACAGUGACUGAGAACAAGAAGGAGAAUCAGCAGGUGGAAGGUCCUGAGAAAGUGGAACUGCAGGGGAUAUUUUUGAGAAGAGCUGAAGGGAAUUUUUCCCAGUGCUUGGAACAGGGAAAUGCCUGGAGAGAUCGACACAGAUCAGAGAUGCAGCUGGGAAACUAUCCCAGGAAGAAACUGGAUGAAUCCAUUCAACGUGGUGGAGGAUGCAAGGAUCCCAAGGAAAUCACAGUCCAGCAGACAAGUCACAAUGAAGAGAAACCUUACAAAUGCCUUGACCGUGGGAAAAGUUUCCAUUUCAGUGCAAGCCUUAUUAAACAUUGGAGAACACACACAGGAGAGAAGUCCUAUAAAUGUGUAGACUGUGGGAAAAGCUUCAGUGAGAAAUCAAACUUUAUUGUGCACCAGAGACUGCACAUAGGAGAGAAACCAUAUAAAUGUCUUGAGUGUGGGAAAAGUUUUAGUCAGAGUUCAUACCUUACUGCACAUCGGAGAAUCCACACAGGAGAAAGACCCUAUAAAUGCCUUGAGUGUGGGAAAAGUUUCAAUUUGAAAUCAACCCUUAAUACACAUCACAAAACUCACACAGGUGAGAAACCCCAUAAAUGCUUGGAGUGUGGGAAAACUUUCACUCAGCGCAUUCACCUUACUCAACAUAGGAAAAUCCACACGGGAGAGAGACCAUACAAAUGCCUUCAGUGUGGGAAAAGUUUCAGUCAGCGCAUUCACCUUACUCAACAUAGGAAAAUCCACACGGGAGAGAGAUGCUAUAAAUGCCUUCAGUGUGAGAAACUUUUCAGUACGCGAUGGAACCUUAUUAAACAUGAGCGAACCCACACCGGCGAGAAACCAUAUAAAUGCUUGGACUGUGGGAAAACUUUUGGUCAGAGCUCAUACCUUAUUAAACAUAGGAGAAUCCACACAGGAGAGAGACCAUAUAAUUGCUUUGAGUGUGGGAAAAAUUUUAUUGACAGAACAAAACUUACUAGACAUCAGGCAAUCCAUACAGGAGAGAAACCCCAUAAAUGCUUGGACUGUGGGAAAAGCUUCAUUCGGAAGUCACAACUUACUAUACACCAGAAAGUUCACGCAUCAGAGGGAUCUUAUAAAUGCCUUGAGUGUGGUAAAACUUUUAUUCAUAACUCAAAGCUUACUACGCAUCAGAGAACCCACAGAGGAGAGAGACCUUAUAAAUGCCUGAACUGUGGGAAAACUUUUACUCACAACUCAAAGCUUACUAAACAUCAGAAAACCCACACAGGAGAGAGACCCUAUGGAUGCCUUGAGUGUGGGAAAAGUUUUAUUCAGAAGUCACAUCUUACUACACAUCAGAGAACACACACAGGAGAGAGACCUUAUAAAUGCCUGGAGUGUGGGAAAACUUUUAUGUAUAACUCAAAGCUUACUACACAUCAGAGAACCCACACAGGAGUGAGACCCUAUGGUUGCCUUGAGUGUGGGAUAAGUUUUAUGGAAAGUUCAUCCCUUAUUAAACAUGGGAGAAUCCACACAGGAGAAAGACCCUAUAAAUGCCUGGACUGUGGGAAAACUUUCAGUCAAAGCUCACACCUUAAUAAACAUCGGAGAAUCCAUGGAGGAGAGAGACCCUAUAAAUGCCUUGAGUGUGGGAAAAGUUUUUUGGGAAGUUCAUCCCUUAUUAAACAUGAGCGAAUCCACGUGGGAGAAAGACCCUACAAAUGCCUGGAGUGUGGGAAAAGUUUUAAGGAAAGUUCAUCCCUUACUAAACAUGGGAGAAUCCACACAGGAGAAAGACCCUAUAAAUGCCUUGAGUGUAGGAAAAGUUUCGUUCGUCAAUCAUUCUUUAUUAAGCAUCAGAGAAUCCACACAGGAGAAAGACCCUAUAAAUGCCUGGACUGUGGGAAAACUUUCAGUCAAAGCUCACACCUUACUCAACAUGGGAGAAUCCACACAGGAGAGAGACCCUUUAAGUGCCUUGAGUGUGGGAAAAGUUUUAUUCAGAAGUCAUAUCUUACUAUACACCAGAGAGUUCACACAGGAGAGAGACCCUUUAAAUGCCUUAAGUGUGGGAAAAGUUUUAUGGAAAGUUCAUCCCUUACUAAACAUAGGAGAAUCCACACAGGAGAAAGACCCCAUAAAUGCCUGGAGUGUGGGAAAACUUUCAGUCAGCGCUCAAACCUUAAUCAACAUGGGAAAAUCCACACAGGCAAGAGACCGUAUAAAUGCUUUGAUUGUGGGGAAAGCUUCAGUAAGAGUUCAGAGCUGACCACACAUCAGAAAAUCCACAAAGGCGAGAGACCCUAGAAAUAGCUUGACUGCAGGAAAAGAUUCAAUUUGACUUGAAGCAUCAGUGAUCCACACAUCAGAGAGACCUUGAAUGUGGUGGAAGCUUCAUUUGGUGUUCCUGGAAUAUCAGGGAUCCACAAAUCCACACAGAGAAGAAACCUCUGAGAUGUUCUCAGUGUGGAAAAUGCUCCAAGUGGAACUGUCAUUUCAGGCUCCUCCACAGAGCAGGGAAAUUCUCUCAGGGCUCUGACUAGGGCUGGCCAUGGUGACAAACCCAUUUCCUCGUUCCCACACACAUCAGGGGUGUUUGGCUCCCAAGGAUCCAGCUGCCCAUUGCUGAGGUGAGGAUCCAGCAGCAGCCGAGCAUAAGCUGGUCAGUGACCCUCUGGCUCUUCCCCGGUCAGUCCCUCCUCCCUGCUGCAGCCCUGGCUUCUGAGCUGAUGGGCUACAGGUGGGGGAAGGGAAAGAGAGAAACUCCUCCAGAUGCUCCCUCUGCCUGGCUGAAGUUUCCUGCUCUCCCUUCCCCUCCCAGCCGGGAUCCCCCUGCCAUGGAGAUGAGGAGAAAGACACUUGGGCCAGGCCCCACCUUCUCUCUAGACACCUGUCCCCUCCCCCAUCUUCGACCAGCCCCUGGGUUGGGCCACCCCACUGACCUGUUCCCUGCAGGGGGAGUGUCCCUGGGGGCUGGUAACUUCUCCCCUCCCCAAAUCCCCCUGGGCAUUGGGUUCUGGGGGAUCAAGUAUUGAGGGACCAGGAGGGUGGGUUUUGGGGAGGGAACUGGGGAUUGAAUGAUUGGGGCUGGUGGAGCUGGGUGCUGGGCUAUCGAGUGUUUGAGGAUCAUGGGAUAAGAGGCGAGGGAGAGCACAGGGGUAGCGAGGUGCUGCCUCAUCACUCACCCCCUCUGCCCCAUCUCCCUGCCCCCUCUGCAUUCAGACAGCACCACUGAGAGGGGCUGAUUCCCACAGAGCCAUUUGAGGAAGGCCGAGAGAUCCCACCUGUGCUUCCGAGCAUCUGUCUACGGUAGGAAAUGUGGUUGGGAUUAGCCAGCGCAACUCUGUGACCCUCCACCAGAUUUCCUAGUGUAACCUCAUCCUGAGCAUCCUAUGUGUAAGGCUAAGGUUUUGUCAUGGAUAUCUUUAAUAAAAGUCAUGGACAGGUAACAGGCAAUAAAGAAAUAUUCACGGAAGCCUGUGACCUGUCCGGGACUCUUAUUAAUAAUAUCCGUGACAAAAUGGGGCGAGAGAAGGCUGCAGCACCCAUUGCUGGGGCUCUGGUGUCCCAUGGCAGCUGGGCAGAUGUGGGGGCCCUGGCUGGGAGCUGCAUUGGCCCCCUGCCUCUCAUGGCUCGGAGCUCCGGGGCUGCCUUGCCCCCCACAGCGACUCAUAGAUCGGGGGGCCAGCCCGGUAGCUGAGUGCUGUGGGGUACCCCCACAGCCUGCAGCAGCUUAGAGCUUCGGGGACCCCACAGCUCUGAGCCGCCAUGGGCUGAAGUCGCAGAGGUCUCUGGAAGUCACAGAUUCUGUGACUUCUUCGAAUCUGUAGCAAAAUCAUACCUUUACUUACGUGUUCUGACCUCCUCCCUUUUGCUGGGUGGUCAUUAGUCCCGGAGUUCCCCCUUUGGGGCCAGAUUGUCUCAUUCCCAGAUAGUCUCACAUUACUCCAGGCCCUGCUGUAAAGCAUUGAGUGUUUGUACAUUUUCUUCCUUAUGCACCAUAAUUAACUAGAUGCUAAAAAAGUGGGAGCAGGGACUCACUCCACUCUCCACAGAGCUGCCUCUGUCCCAGCAAUGGACAGUUUUAUCUUCUCCUCAUUCUACCCCUCUGCCUCUCAAGGUGUCACUUACCGCCGUGUCCCUGGCUCUCCAUGCCUAGGAAUCACAGGUUUGAUGUCUAUGAUCCUAAGUCAGACUCAAGAGGGCUGGAGAAGAAAGUGCCACAGAGCCAGGAGUGGCUGGGGAAAUUCCAUUGACUCUAAAGCACAGUUUGACCUUACAGAUCCUAGAGCCCUGUUUGCAUCUAUUGGUGAAAUUAGUUCCCGGGUUUUUCUAGGUUAGUCCAGAUCAUUUGUAGAUGGGAAGACUUGUGUUUCUUUCUCUUUCUUUUAGUAUAAUGAUGCUAAAACUUUUGCAAGUAAUACAACCAAAUAAUGAGGCGAGAAGUGAAACUGGUUUAGCCGCUUGUAGCGAGUCGGUGUGGCUCCCCUCCUGCCCAGCAGAGGGAGCUCCCUCCCAGACGCCCAAGUGGGCUGAGUUAUCACGUCCUGUCCCCGCCCCCCGUAAGUCAAGGGGCGGGACAGGAAGUAGAAAAGGAGAACGCCAGAGCUCAGUCAGGAGCCAGCCACCGCCGCGAGCAGAUGUGCCGGCGGGAGCUCCAGACUGGGAACCCUCCAGGACCCAAGGCGGCGAUCAGGACUGGCCCCCAUUGCCCCGCGCCCGGUACGAUGAGGAACCCGCGGAGCUUCCCCGGGAUCGGAACCCGGAGCAGCCGCUAGGACUUCCUCCCGCCCGGUACGAGGAGGAGCCGCCGCUGCCGCUUCCGCCCUGCUGUUAUCCGGAGGAACCAUCGGAGGCAGCCUGGCCGGACUUCCAGCAGGAGUUGCCGGACCUGCCCCCAAGCCCUGGUCCUUCAGACCCCAUGCCGAUGGACUGGUCCGAACUCCCGGCGACCGAGGAGUAGGUACCGGGAGAGGGGGAAAUGGAAUGUAGCCCGGGGAUAGCUGACCCCUGUCAGGCUAUAGGCACCGAGGUGCCCAUGUCGGUGUGUUGCGGUCAGGACCCCACUGACCAGCGGCAGUGCUAGCCACUAAUAGGGCCCUGGGCUGGGACACAGUGGAGUGGGUGGGCCUGUGUCCCCCCUGCCACCCCACUCACGGGUGGCAGUCUCCCCCUCAUCCCAGCGCAGACAGAGCUGCCUGCACUAAACUGGGUUGCUGUCAUUGCCCAGCUCCUGACACCAGGACCUGAGCCCUAAACUGAUUGCUGUUACCCAGCCCCCUGCUCCAGAGGGCCUGGGCUCAUAUUGAACUGCUGUUGCCCCGCCCUGACUGAGGGCCUGGGCUUCCAUUAAUUGACUGGGUGCCUUGUGUUCAGCCC